GCCGCCACUUCCGGGGGAGGUGUUUCACUGGGGCGCACUUCCGGGCGGGGAAGCGCGCGGGCCCUGGCCGCCCCCGCAGGGAUGUCCCGGGUGCCGCUGGGCAAGGUGCUGCUGAGGAACGUCAUCCGCCACACAGACGCGCACAACAAGAUCCAGGAAGAAUCAGAAAUGUGGAAAAUUAGAGAGUGGGAGAAACAGACUCAGGAGACUUACGAGAGGAAGCAAAGGAGAAUCUUGUCUGACACAUCCAGCAGUCGGAUGCGCAGUGAUGGGUUCGAUGAAGAAAGCCAAAGAGCUGACUGGAAGACAAAGAACUUUGCACACUUUCCUGAUGUGAUUGAAGAGGAUUUCCUUAGGGCCCGAUCCUGGAAUAAGAAGCUCUACGAAUGUGAAGCCAACAUGCCGGACAGAUGGGGUCAUAGCGGCUAUAAAGAGUUGUAUCCAGAGGAAUUUGAUACCGACAGUGACCAGCAGGAGAGGGAUGAACACGGCGCUGUCAAUGGAAAGAAGAAACUGCCCCUUGGAAAACAAUCUGCACACAAGUCCCGCAAAAGGAAGAAAGAAAAGAAAUCACACAAGAAGAAGCAGAAAAAAAGGUCACACAAAAAGCGGAAGAAAAAGAAAAGGGAGCAAGCCCAGGCCUCGUCUGAUUCCUCCCUAGAGAGCGAGUGCUCCCAGGCGGGGGCCUCAGGCACCAAAAAAGGGAAGCACAAACACAAGAAGAAGUCCAAGAAAGUGCCUGCAAGGAACCCUGCCUCUUCCUCUGGGCAGGAAAGUGACUCUUCUCACCCGAGCAGCUCAGCCACCAGCAGCUCCGAGGAGAGUGAAUGUGAGGAGAAAAGGGAAAAGCGGCCUAAGAAGAGGAGGAAGAAGCAACACACAUCCCCGUCUGAGAAGCACAGUGAGAUCCAGGAAAAGCGGAGCAAGAGGAAGAACUGGAAAGUGGCAGCUGAUGAGAAGUCAGAGGAGAGCUCGGAUGAGGACUAGUGAGAGGGGGUGACUCUUGGGCUGUGGCUGAACAUUGCAGGUUGGAGAACGUGGGCCACCGUUCUGGUCCCAGCAUUGCUCCAUGGAAUGAACAUGGCCUGGGGACACAGAAGUGUGACCUUCCUGUCAGCCUGCAGAUCACUUCCCAUGGGGUUUCUCUGCCUUGAAAUCAGGAGAGCUGACAGCUCUGGGGAGAAGGUGUCUGUCCCUCAGGUGAGGUCUCAAACUCACCCACCUAAUUCCUGAUGGACUUUUUUUUUUAUUCCAUUGUGACUUUGUUGAAUUUUGAUUCAUAGAGUUGCCAGAAUCUGUGAAAGGGAAAUGGGUGCUUUGGCAAUGUUCAGCUCUAGGGGUUUUUAAACUAGGAUUUCACAGAGGAGUUUGUUCCUCUUUUCAUUAUUAACCAUGUAAUGACCAAUACAGAGUUGCAACUGAGUGGAGGCCACAGACUGAAAGCCUGCCCCCAAAGCCAGUAACAAAAGAGGUGCCACUGGACGGAGCCGCAGAGAUGUCUCAUGUCAGCAUUUUCCCCACAGUGAAAUAACAAACAUGGCCCCACCUGGGGAGCUGAGACAGGGCCCCUGAGGCGCUUCCAGCUACCUACCUCUUCAGUCUUGGGAAGCUUAAUUAGAAGAGCCUUUUGCAGAUGAAUACUGUGUAAAUGCGAAGUGUUGCGCAGCUCUAGGUUGGCUUGUCUGAGAUCCUGAUGGUCACCUCAUGAGUCUUACACCAUUGGCUUCAGUGACAUCGCUCCUGCUUUACCCAGCUGAGAGAGCUUAAUUCGGCCCCGAGACUACUUGGUGAGCCUUCUGCUGCCUAGGAGGACCUCAUCGGGGCUGUGGGAGAAGACAGUGCAGUAUCCCAUUGGAGUUGAGACAAGAGAUGCUCACUGAUGGAGCAUACUGCACGUCUGAUGGCCCAGAGAUUUUUCAGCCCUGCCGUCUGCAAACUGCUCAGAGGACUGGUACUGCCAAAGCAAAUAAAGCCUGUGUUGGCUCAGAUCCAGCAUCUUAUUUAAUUGCCUCCUUAUCUCUGCCUCCAGUGGACAAAGAUGUUUUGGCCUUCCCUGCAUGUUGACUAAGGGAAAGAGGGGGAAGUCAGUAGUGUGGCAUCUCUAGUUUUUCCUGUGCUGUGAACAUGCUCCCUCUGAUCUGCUCUCUGAAGGGCAGCAUUUAUGGCUUCCUUUCCAGGGAUUCAGAGGGAGCGUACAAGCAGCCCUCUCACUUGGGCAGGUCUUGCCUCUUGCUGCCUGGAUUCCCAAGCAAGGUUAGCAAGUCUUUUCUGAUCCAGGCAGCUCACUCCUCUGUUGCAGCCUGCAGUCAUGUUUAUGCAAUAACAAUGCAGCAGCUUUUCAUACAUCACCAGAGAAACAUUCAAGAGUUUUAUUUUUUAUAACUCCUCUGUACAAAGAUUUUGUGAGGAAAUGUUCAACUGCAGAAGAUACUAGUUUCCCACAUUGAACUGGACCCAGUGUGGACCUUGCUCUAGGUAUAUUUUAGGGGAGGGACGGAGUGUUGGGUCUGAAUCACUGAUCCCACUGUGCUGCUCCUAAGAACAAUUGAUGAGAGCACCUAGUAUGUCAGGACCUCUGCUUUGAUGAGCUAGUCUCUUGGCAUUGAACAUGGUUUGCUUCAUCCUGCUUCGUCCCAAGAACCACAUCCCAAGGGGGUUCCUGCCAGCUCAAGGCAUCUACUCAGGAUAACAGGCUGGCCAGAGUGGGAUUCAGGAUCUUUUACCCAUUCUUGGCCACCUCUUCUUUACCCAGGACAGUCCGAAUUUUGCCUUCCUUUGUACUCCAAGCAGCAGUAUCUGCUGUUGGAACCUCUGCCUGAGCCUGCUGGAACUUUGCUGUGAUUGAGUCAGGAAGAGAUGAGAGCAGUUCAUUGGUGAACAUGCCCUUUACUUUCUAUCCUUUCUCCCCACUUCUGAGCUGGAGUGUCUGAUUCUGGCAACCUCCCAUGUAUUUGGCUGGUCUCCUGCCUCUGAACCCCAGGUUUCCUGCUCUGUAUUGUGUUGCACUAUCCGCAUUGAACAUAUUUUUAAGUGAAUUCUAAAAUGGUGCCAGUGAGAAGGUGUCUCUCUUUCUGUGAGACUUAAGUACAGAAUUUCUAAUUUUUGUGUGUUCCUGUGAGACGGUGGGUGUUCACGUUAGUAAUGUAACAGGUACCAACAGUCUCCAAGAGAAUAAAUUGGGCUUUUCAAAUGA